AUGGCUGCCGCCGUUUCCAACGACGCCGCCAAUAAACUCACCGUCGUCGUCCUCGGCCCGGGCACCACCGCCACCAAGCCUCCGCCACCGUCGGCGUGUCACGUCCAGUGGCUGCGCGCCAUGGUGCUAGGCGCGAGCGACGGUCUAGUCUCCACGGCGGCGCUCAUGCCGGGCGUGGGCGCCACGCGUCCGGGCGACGCCGACGCCAACGACCUGCGCGGCGGCGGUGGCGUCCUCCUCGUGGGGCUCGUCGUGGGGGCCUGCAGCAUGGCCAUCGGCGAGUACGUGUCCGUGCACGCGCAGCUGGACGUCGAGCUGGCCGAGCUCAAGUGCGCGGCCAAGUAG